AUGCCGUCGCCCGUGUACUUGACCAUCGGCAGUGAUUCAGAGACUUCCGACUCCGACAUAUCGACAAUUGUCAUCUCUGACUCGGACCAGUCGGUUAUCGUCAUUGAGCCCGAGCUCGCUCACCAACCCUCGGCCGCCCAUCCAUCUCCACAUCAAGUCGACAAAAUGUCUGAGCAAGACUACAUUGUGCUCUCCUCUGACACCAGCCACUCGACCAUCGUUCUGGAUACGGACAGCCAGGAAUCGGUUAUCGCCAUCACCCCGCCCGCUCAGCAACAGCACCAGCAGCACCAGCAACAGCGCCAACGCCCUCCUCGUCGCCUCCACCAUCCCGCUGACCCGAAUGUCGACGCGUCGGACAACGAGGAGGACGUCGGCGGCUGCGACAACAACUACGGCGUCGCCGUCAAGCAGGAC